AACCAACAUAGUAACAACAAAACCUAAACCGAAACUCAAAUUGACACAAGAAAUGAAAGAUUGCAUAACAAUCAACAUGCAAAAACAGACAUUGCCACGACACGACCAACCAUGAAACUUAAACCUCAUCAUUUUCAUCUUCACUACAACCUUGCCUCUUUUUCAUCAAAACCUCGCUACAAAAACCAUGACAUCCUCUACACAAUCUCAGAAGCCAUCGACACCAUCCACAACAACAACAGCAAUCUCCAUUCUCAAACCCCUCCUGAUUACUCUCUCAACCCCUCCCUCAAACGCAUUCUCCCUUCCCUCACUUCUCAUCACAUCACAAACCUCAUCAACCUCAACCCUCUCUCCCUUUCCCCUCACUCCCUCUUCUCCUUCUUCAACUGGCUCGCUUCUCGCCCUCCCUUUCGCCACACUCUCCAUAACUAUUCCACCAUGGCACACUUUCUCUCUUCCCACAACAUGCUCACACAAACACAUUCCCUCUUCCUUUUCAUCAUCUCCCGAAUGGGUCACCAUUCUUCUACUUCCCUCAUCUCUUCCCUUCUCCAAACAAACCCUACUCACCACCAUCACCAUUGCUCUGUUCUUGUUUUUGAUGCUUUAAUCAUUGCUUACACUGAUUCUGGAUUCAUACAAGACGCAAUUCAGUGUCUACGCUUGCUGAAAAGGAACAACUUUGCAAUCCCGCUCCGUGGUUGUGAGUAUCUUCUCCGUCGUGUUAUGAAGCUGAAACAACCGGAGCCUUGUUGGGAGUUUUAUUUGGAGGUUUUGGAUUAUGGGUACCCGCCAAAAGUUUAUCUUUUCAACAUUUUGAUGCAUGGGUUUUCGAAAGUUGGUGAUGCUAUGAAUGCGCGGAAGGUGUUUGAUGAAAUUCCUAAGAGGCGUUUGCGUCCUACUGUUGUUAGUUUUAAUACUUUGAUAAGCGGGUACUGUAAAACUGGGAAUGUGGAGGAGGGUUUUGUGUUGAAAGGUGUUAUGGAGAGUGAAAGAAUAUCUCCUGAUGUUUUCACAUACAGUGCUUUGAUCAACGGGUUGUGUAAGGAAAGUAGAUUAGAUGAUGCGAAUAAUUUGUUUGAUGAAAUGUGUGAGAGGGGGUUGGUUCCUAAUGGUGUAACUUUCACUACUUUGAUCGAUGGACAGUGUAAAGAUGGGAAAACUGAUUUGGCAUUGAGAAAUUUUCAGAAGAUGAAGGAUCAAGAUGUGAGACCUGAUUUGAUUACUUAUAACGCGUUGAUCAACGGGCUUUGUCGGGUUGGAGAUUUCAAGGAGGCUAGGAAGCUUUUUAAUGAGAUGAUUGGGAAUGAUUUGAAGCCUGAUAAGAUCACUUUCACAACUCUAAUGGAUGGAUGCUGUAAAGACGGAGAUAUGGAAUCGGCAUUGGAGAUUAAGGAUAGAAUGGUCGAGGAAGGGAUUAAGCUUGAUGAUGUUGCUUAUACUGCACUAAUAUCUGGACUUUGUAGAGACGGAAGAGUUCGCGAUGCGGAAAAGUUGUUGAGGGAUAUGUUGAGUGCCGGUUAUAAACCUGAUGAUCCAACGUACACCAUGGUUAUUGAUUGCUAUUGCAAGAAAGGUGAUGUAAAGAUGGGAGCGAAGUUACUCAAAGAGAUGCAGCGAGAUGGACGUGUACCGGGCGUUGUUACUUAUAAUGCGCUAAUGAAUGGAUUUUGCAAACAAGGUCAGAUGAAAAAUGCUAGAAUGUUGCUUGAUGCAAUGCUUAAUUUGGGAGUGGUUCCAAAUGAUAUUACGUUUAAUAUUUUACUAGAUGGUCAUUGCAAGCAUGGAGGUUCUGUUGAUUUUGACAUAUUUAGUGGUGAGAAAGGACUUGUUUCAGAUUAUGCUUCAUACAUAGCACUAGUCAAUGAAUCAAGUAAAAUUUCAAAAGAUAGAUUAAGGAACUGAUAUUCAUUGAACUAAGUAGCACCAACACAUCAGGUUAGAGGCAACGACGUGUAGUUCCAAUGUGUCAGCGUUGCAUCCACUAUUUGUUGAGCUGAUACUGAUAUCUAUUGAAAUAAGUAGCAGAGCAUAUCUGCUACUAAACUAUGUAGCACCAAGCGCAUGUUAGUGUACCAUACUGAUGACAAACACUAUAGUUGCAUACAAUCACUUCAAUUAUCCUAAAUUAUAACAAAAUAUCUACAUGCAGGUGUCGUUAUUGUCUGUAGUUUGUAGUGGCAAAAUUAUGUAUACUUUUGAGGUAGGUAGCUAUUGCUACUCCAAAAAUGUAAUAAAACAACUUAAUAUAUACUACAUCCGUAUAUAUCGCAUCUUCCUCUU